AUGCCUCGUCUCCUCCAGUUCCUGGCUCGUUUGCCAAGGCUCGUCACCGACGUCGUCCCUCGCGCAGUUUCGUCGCGUCCGACCCAGCAAUGGCCACUCUCGUCGCUGCGCUCGACGUUCCACAGACCGUCCUUGACGUCGUCUAGCUUCCUGCCACAGCCCGCAUUUUCCCUCUCCCGGUCGCCAGUCCUCGGAGCUCUCAUGCAAGCGCGCUCAGUCCAGAAGGGCGUCGAAUACCAGCCUUCCCAACGUAAACGAAAGCGCAGACACGGCUUCCUCGCACGCAAGAAGACAGCGGCCGGUCGUCGCGUCCUUGCCAACAGACUCGCAAAGGGUCGUCGAUACCUUUCUCACUAG